AUGUGGCCCCCCAACAACCCCUCAUCGCCUAUAUUUCGACAUCUCGAACCACUCAUUGUUGACGGCGACAUGGAACAUCUUUAUGGUGAUGGGGAUAUGAAAUGUUUUGAUCCUUCUGUGUUGCAGGCAUCAACGCCACAUGAAGAAGACGGUUUCGAUGAUCUUUUUUUGCGGCCUUCCACGGCGACUCAACCAUCCAACUCAACCUCGUGCCUGUCCCCAGGAAGCCAGAGUAGCAGAGCAGGGGAUCGGUUUUCUACCCCAGCAUGGCCGAGCUUGGUCGACUUCACCGUGGGAGACUCGCCUUUGUUUGGGCAAACCAAUGACAUGCCACCAUUUAAUGGCGACUACCCAUUGGAUACCGACCUAGAAACGAGCAACAAGGCUAUGAGUUCCGCAUUCGAUUUUGAUAGUGCCGCUAGCAGCCCAAGCCCUCUCAAAGUGGAGAUUGCCCCAGAAACCAAUCACAAAUCUCAGCAACCAAAAAACAUGUUGCGGGGCCCAUCAAAUACAAUAAAUCAAGUCAUAGAAUCUAAAUCACCGUCGACGAAUUUUCCUACCUCAGCGAGCCCUUUCUACUUCUGUGGAUCAUCGGAUGCAUCUAAGCCUUCAGCGUUCCGCAGCAAAAGUCAAUCUGGUUCGAACCAGUGGGAGCGUCAGUCGCCAGGUUCAGAACUAGAAGAGACUUUUGGAAGUAUCAAUAUGAACGGCACCGCCUCUCCUCUGAGCUCUACUCUCUCUCCAAGUCUAAAUUUCGGAGUUAACCCACUCAACUUCGAUCCGAUGACACAAUCUUCCGUAUCCCAACUCCCAACCAAUGGUGACACUUCCGCAUUCCAUCCGAAUAUGAGUCAGGAGAAUUAUCGUAAACCCCAGUUGGUAGUUCACCCAACGUCUCUGAAGUCGCGAGUGGAAACUCAAAUUCCGAUUAAGCUUACUUUGUGCCCUUUGCCUCCUGGUGUCAAAAACCUACGACUCCCAAGUCAUGCCAUCUCAAAGCCGAAAUUCCUCGCCAAACCAGACACUGCCCCCUCACCAGAGAUUCUUGAACUUCGUACGAACGUAGUUUGUACCAGUGCUAUGCAGGAUAAAAAGAAGCUAGAGCGAGCAUUUGCGAGAGCGCGAGAGGAAGAACUUGAAGACUCUUCAGUGGAGUCAGACUCUAAGAAAGAGGGUAAAGCCUAA